AGAAACGCCCACCCACAUGACCGGGAAAGUCACUGCAAACUGGAAAACACGCUGCCUGGCGCACACGCCGCUCAGGAGGUGCGGGAUUUGAGAAGAGACUCUGACUGAGGCGCAUCGGCGCAGGUUGCGUCAGUUAUUGCAUUUCCACGAGUGAGUCCGGCGUUUAGCGUGUCAUCGCAGUCUAGGCUGUUAACGCCAAUCAAGGCUCGGACGCCGCUGACCGCAACUGGCGCGAGCUCCGCUCCACGCAGUUUGUUGCCAGGGCGGAGACGCGCGCGGACUUUGAGCGUUUAACGCCUGCCUGCGCGGUGGGCGAGAGGCGAGCUGCGCGGUUCCCUGCCCCGUCGAAAAGUGGCCACUUGGCAAGGCAGCGGCGAUGCCGGUUGCGGACGGCGACGUGUUAGCGGACGGCGGCAGCGGGUCGCACGAGGGCAGGACCCCCAACGGCGCCCGGAACGACAACGUCCUCCCGGGGUCCCUGAGCAGCCCCGCGGCGGACAUCCUCAAGAACUUUUACCACACCAAGCGGGUCGGGAACUACCUGAUCGGGAGGAAGCUGGGAGAAGGCUCGUUCGCCAAAGUUAGGGAAGGUCUGCACGCGCUGACCGGAGAGAAGGUGGCGGUGAAGGUGAUCGACAAGCGGAAGGCCAAGAAGGACUCGUACGUGACCAAGAACCUGCGGCGCGAGGGCCAGAUCCAGCAGAUGAUCCGCCACCCCAACAUCACGCAGCUGCUGGACAUCCUGGAGACGGAGAACAGCUACUACCUGGUGAUGGAGCUGUGUCCCGGCGGCAACCUCAUGAACCGCAUCUACGACAAGAAGCGGCUGGACGAGCGGGAGACGCAGAAGUACAUCCGGCAGUUGGUGCUGGCGGUGGAGCACCUGCACAGGGCCGGCGUGGUGCACAGGGAUUUGAAGAUAGAAAACCUGCUGCUGGAUGAGCAGGACAACAUUAAACUCAUAGACUUCGGCCUCAGCAACUGCGCUGGGAUCUUGGGAUACUCGGACCCGUUCAGCACCCAGUGUGGGAGUCCGGCCUACGCCGCCCCGGAGCUGCUGUCCAGGAAGAAGUACGGGCCCAAAGUGGACGUCUGGUCCAUUGGUGUGAACAUGUACGCGAUGCUGACGGGGACGCUCCCGUUCACGGUGGAGCCCUUCAGUCUCCGAGCGCUGCAUCAGAAGAUGGUGGACAAGGAGAUGAACCCUCUGCCUCCCUCGCUCUCCACAGCCGCCAUCUGCCUUCUGAAGAAGCUCCUGGAGCCAGAUCCCAACAAGCGGCCCAACAUCCAUCAGGUGAUGGCCGACUCCUGGCUGCAGCUGGCCAACAAGAACACAGGGGCGCCGUACCUCAACAGGAUCCACAUUGAGGAAAUAAACCACACGGUGCUGCUGCACAUGACGGAGAAAAUGGGCUACAAGCACAGCGAGGUGCUGAGCGCCGUCCUCACCAACUGCGCCUGUCACACGCUGGCCGUCUACUUCCUGCUCAACAAGAAAAUGAAGAGGCUGUCCAAAGAAUACAGGGAGAUGCAGUUCCAGGAGAAAAAGAAGGGGGAGAAGCAAAAAGACGAGUACUUCCAGACCCAGUGGAGGAAACACGUGGACAAGCUCACCAUCCCGCCCAAGCAGACGCCCGUGUACCUGGCCGUGAGCAAGGGGCCCAGCAAGGAGAAGAAGCACAAGACAGGUCUCCUGCGUGCCCUAGCUGUUGGGCAUCGUAACUCCCCCCUGGCCCCGCCGGGCACCGUGGCCUCCUCCUCCAUGGAGUACCUGGAGAUCCACCCUCUGUUCCCCAACACGCCGCAGCAGCGGAGGCGCCUGGCCACCCUCCCGCAAGUCAACACAAGCCCCGAGCACAACAUUCCGGCGCCGCCGGCGCCGUCGCCCAUCGGCAUGCACUCCUUCGGGUCCCUUUCCAAAGCGGAGCAGAUGGAAGACACCCCGGCGUCGCCCUGGUACAAGCUGACCAACGGGACGCUGUCCCCGCCCCGCCACGUCUCGGCCUUCCAGCCCGACUCCUCUUACCUGAAAAAGGCCACCAUCCCCAGCCCCCCGGUGCUCAUCGUGAACCCGCAGCCCAAGAAGAGCCUGUCCUCGGAAUGGUGCGGCUCGUCCGACACCAGCGGCAGCCCCCCCAGCACCGUGGGGAGCCCCGGCAGCUCCGCUUUCAGCCCCCCCAAAUCCGCUUUCAGUCCCCUGAAACCCACGUCGGCUUUCAGUCCCCCGUCCAACAGCAGCAGCAGCGACCCCGACAGCCCCACGCACCGCAGCAAGUUCCCCUCUAUGGGAAUCGGACAGAUCCUCAAGAAGAAGGUGCAGCUGCAGCCGUUCACCUUCCGGCCGGAGCAGGUGGUGGAGGAAGUGGUUUCGCCGCCUCCCUACCCCAUGCAGACGCUCCUGUGUGCGUCAGGUGCACUCAAGACCCUCUGCUGAUGGGCACAGGACAGAAAGCGACCGACCCAACCACACACUGAGCUCGAGGCCCCUCUGAGCACUUCGUACGUGUCGGAGAGGUCUUCCAGCGUGGCCUUCUGAACUGAGAACUGUCCCUUUAUUGCAACUGAGCCACUUUUCUAGACAGACUUAAAAGGCAUUUGAGCGGGAGUAUAAAAGACUUCCUCUCUUGUUACAUAAUAAGAAGCGGCGACAUUGAGGAGAUGAGAUUUGAAACUCAUCCCUUUGCAAUGACUCAACCUCGUCAUGUCCUAAUUCCAGCGUGGACCUGGGACAUCAUGUAAUAUGGGCUUUGUGUGCGCACAUGUAUACAUAGACAACACUGUAUUAUAAACUGAGUUAAGGAGCUCUUGUAAUAUUACUGUAACUGGUUAUUAAUUGAGCCACAGACUGAUUCACACCAGCUAACAGGCCCCAACCUUCCCCUGACCCUGAUUACAUGUUCUAAGUGUUUUGUCUGUGUGAAAACUCUUCAGACCCACUGACUUCCAGCCAGCAGGCACUGUACCCUCAACGCUGCCUGGAUGAAGAAGCUCACUGCACUAUUCUUGAAACCAAAACCUGUAGUAACAACGGUGUUCAGCAUCUCUUACCUCACUGCAUUAUUCAUCCGUCGGCGUUGAACAGCUGUGGACUGUGACACAGUGUCUGAGCCUUAGUGCCAUUAGAACCGACACGCACGCGUACAGUAGGUAGCCGGAGUAAAGUCGUACUCCUACUUUCACAGUUAUAACUUUUUAUACAAGGCUUCGACCCACAGGGAAACUCACUGCCUGCUGAAGUCAAGAAAAGAUGACGGAACAGCAUAAAGGCCUUAUGAAACUGAUCAACCUCGCCAGCGGCCAAGAGGACCAAUAAGACCGUACCACCCAUAAAUACACCUUCUUUUUGUCUUAAUGCUGUAGUUCGUGCAAUAGUCUUAAGUGUAAACUGCAAUGACGAGUAUUUGCCAAGAGUGUGAAUAAUUGUGCUUGUAAAUACCAGUGCGACGCUUGUGUUUCUGCCGCCCGACGUAACCAGCAGCGGCUUCCGACGCGUCACGUCUUAGCUCCCAUCCAAAUCACCGCGGGACCUCUCUUCCUGUCCGGACGACAUGUUGCAUGCAAUGUUCCACCAACCGAACUGUACCGUCGACUUUUGAAAUGACGUCUUUGUACCUUCUUCUCUGGUUGAUACUGAGAUUGAUACGGACUCGAGGGGGGGUCUUUUGUAAGAUUUUCUUAUUGGACGGUUUUGUUUGAGUGUCAAGAGAUUUUUAUGCUGUAUAAAGUAUUUUAAAUAUUUAUACUAUA